AUGGGUUGGAUGGAUAAGACCAACCGCAAGAUUGCGGCCAGUCCUGUUGGACGUUGGUUCCAGCUUGAGGGUUCCGGCCAUCCUCGUGAGCGCAAGGGCUCUCUCUUCUUCACUGAGAUCCGAGCUGGUCUCGCCACCUUCUUCGCCAUGGCCUAUAUUAUUGCUGUAAACUCUUCGAUUGUUUCUGAAUCUGGUGGUCCAUGUGUUUGCCCUACUUACAAGGACGGCGCUUGCGUCCCCGACGAAGCUUACCAGCUGUGCGUUGCCGAGGUCAAGCGUGAUGCUGUCACUGCUACUGCUGCCAUUUCUGCUCUGGCUACUUUCUUUAUGGGCCUGCUUGCCAACCUUCCCGUCGGUCUCGCUCCUGGUAUGGGUCUCAACGCCUACUUCACCUACACCGUCGUUGGCCCCAGCGGCUCUGGCCCCGUCCCUUAUGAGCUUGCCCUUACAGCCAUCUUCAUCGAAGGUUUCAUCUUCUUCGGUCUUGCUCUCUUCGGUAUGCGUCAAUGGCUUGCUCGCGCUAUCCCCCGCUGCAUCAAGCUCGCCACCAGUGUCGGUAUCGGUCUCUUCUUGACGCUCAUCGGUCUCACUUAUAGCGAGGGUAUCGGUCUGAUCGUUGGUGCCGUUUCAACCCCUAUGGAACUCGCAGGUUGUGAGUCGCAAUAUCGGGACCCUGACACCGGUCUGUGCCCUUCUUCGCAGAAGAUGAGAAGCCCUACCCUGUGGAUCGGUAUCUUCUGUGGCGGUAUCUUCACCGUGUUGCUCAUGAUGUACCGCGUUAAGGGUGCCAUCAUUGCUGGUAUUCUGCUUGUCAGCAUCAUCUCCUGGCCACGAGACACCCCUGUGUCAUAUUUCCCCUACGACGCCCUUGGUGACGAUCGAUUCAACUUCUUCAAGAAGGUUGUCGAUUUCCAUGAGAUCAAGAAGACCCUUAACGUCCUCCAGUUCAACAUUUCUGGCCACAGUGGCCAGUUCGGUCUUGCGCUCAUUACCUUCUUGUACGUCGACAUCUUGGACUGUACCGGUACUCUGUAUGGUAUGGCUCGUUUCGCCAACCUAGUCGAUCCCGUUACUCAGGACUUUGAAGGCUCUUCGAUUGCCUAUAUGGUUGACGCCCUUAGCAUUUCCAUUGGCGCUGUUUUCGGUGUUCCCCCUGUUACUGCCUUUGUCGAGUCUGGUGCCGGUAUUUCUGAGGGUGGAAAGACUGGUCUGACUGCCAUGGUCGCCGGAAUCUGCUUCUUUAUUUCCAUCUUCUUUGCGCCCAUUUUUGCUUCCAUCCCUCCUUGGGCCACCGGCUGCGUUCUGAUUCUUGUUGGCUCCAUGAUGGUUGGCGCGGUUACUGAGAUCAACUGGCGUUACAUGGGUGAUGCCGUUCCUGCUUUCCUCACCAUUGCCAUCAUGCCUUUUGCGUACUCGAUUGCCGAUGGUCUGAUUGCUGGUAUCUGCACAUAUAUGUUGAUCAACACCGUCGUUUUGGUCAUCAAGGUUGUUUCCGGUGGCCGUAUUGUGCCUCCCAACUAUGACGAGAGAGACGGGUGGACUUGGCGCAUUCCUGGUGGUUUCUUGCCCCCUUGGUUGAACCGUCUGGUCCACGGAAAGAAGGACUUUUGGCGUGAGGAGUUCCCUCCUGCCGCCAAUGACACUACCGUGAACCAAAAUGCUGUUCCUGAGGAGACUGGUUCUGAUCAUGGUGGAUCUGAGGGCGGUAAGGUCCCUGAGACUACUCUUCCCCGUGAGAAGGAGACUUGA